UCCCUACUUUUUCAGCGGUCAACUCUCCCUGGGUCUUCAGCCUGCUUCUCUCUCCCUCCAACUCACUCUCGUUAUUGGAACCACUCCCCUCCCUCACCCCCCUGGCCAGUAGCGUCUAAGCCCACGCGCAAUUUUUUUAAAAGGGGGAUUCAACACUCCGACCUGCUCUUCUCCGGCCGGUGUCGAAACGAAGUGGACCUUGUUCCUAGGUGUUUUGUGUAUUUUAGGAACAACGUAAAACAUAUAUAUAUAUUAUUUUUUUUACGAAACAUUCAACAAUUCAUCCAUUGACGUCCGAGUCGUGGGAGACUUGAGUGUCGGGAACCAACAAUAACCUGGAACCAUGAAGUGGGGUUGGGUGUUUCUGGGGGCCCUGCUCUCCUUGGGGUCCCUGUCCUGGGGGGAGAAGGGUCUGGAGAUCCCUGAGUAUGAUGGGAAAGACCGCGUCCAUGAUCUCAACGCUAAGAAUUACAAAUCUGUGAUGAAGAAGUAUGAUGUGAUGGUGAUCUACUACCAUGCACAUGUGGAGAACAACAAAAACGCCCAGAAAGCUUUUGAGAUGGAGGAACUCGCCCUGGAGUUACUCACCAGUCCAGCUGCCCUGACGUUCCAGCUUGCAGCCCAGGUUCUUGAUGAUAUCGAUGAUGAAGACAUUGGAUUCGGUCUUGUGGAUGAGAAGAAGGACCUCUCUGUCGCCAAGAAGCUGGGUCUGGACGAGGUGGAGAGUAUCUACAUCUUUAUUGAUAAUGAGAUCAUUGAGUAUGACGGUGAGCUGGCCGCUGACACCCUAGUGGAGUUCCUCUACGACGUGAUUGAAGACCCCGUGGAGAUAAUUGAUAAUGAGCGUGAGCUGAAGGGCUUCCACAACAUUGACGAGGACAUCAAGCUGGUCGGCUACUUCAAGAGUGAAAAAUCGCCCCACUUCAUUGAGUAUGACGAUGCUGCCGAGGAGUUCCAUCCAUUCAUCAAGUUCUUCGCCACCUUUGACCCCAAGAUUGCCAAGAAGCUGAAUAUGAAGUUGAACGAGGUUGACUUCUACGAGCCCUUCAUGGAGGAACCAGUGACCAUCCCAGGAAAGCCGUACACUGAGGCUGAGCUUGUAGACUACAUUGAGGAGCAUGACAGGCCCACUCUGAGGAAACUCGAGCCCCACAGCAUGUACGAGACCUGGGAAGAUGACAUUGAUGGAGAGCACAUUGUAGCUUUCGCUGAGGAGGAUGACCCUGAUGGUUUUGAGUUCCUGGAGAUCCUGAAAGAGGUGGCCCGUGAAAACACUGACAACCCUGACCUCAGCAUCAUCUGGAUCGACCCCGACGACUUCUCCCUGCUUGUGCCCUACUGGGAGAAGACCUUCGGCAUUGACCUCGGUUCCCCUCAGAUCGGUGUUGUGGAUGUGGAAGAUGCCGACAGUGUGUGGAUGGAGAUGGAUGAUGAUGAGGACAUGCCCACUGCUGAUGAGCUUGAGGACUGGAUCGAGGAUGUGCUGUCCGGAAAGAUCGAUCCAGAUGAUGACGAUGACGAUGAUGACGACGAUGAUGACGACGAUGACGACGACGACGAUGAUGAUGAUGAUGAUGAUGACGACGAUGAUGAUGAUGACGAUGACGACGAAGAUGACGACGACGAGGAUGAUGAUGAUGAUGAUGAUGAUGAUGAUGAAUAAAAGCUUACUUGCCAUCCUUGGGUUGGAUCGGUUUUAGCCAACAGUGGUCAAAGCUGGCACCAAUCAUCAGUUUCCUAACAUCUCGUCAAACACAUGUUGUGUCCCUUCCUGUUUGCUUCCUGUAUCUCUUUCUCAAAGCCCUGAUUAGAUAGUCCGGUGAUAUGCCAAAAGGGCAACACCUAAAUCAAAUUGACUCACAGGAGGUUGGUGGCACCUUAAUUGGGGAGGAAGGGCUUGUGGUAAUUGCUGGAGAGGAUUAGGUGGAAUAGUAUCAAAUACAUCAAACACAUGGUUUGAUGCCAUUCCCUUCCCUCUGUUCCAGCCGUUAUUAUGAGCUGCCCAACCCUCAGCAGCCGCCACUGAUUUCACUGGGUGAGAAAAGACAUGGAAGCAGGGGGAAAUUUUUGUCUGUGAAAAGAAAAUGGGUUGCGGCUCAAAUGUAAGAUCAGUGUUCCUUGUUCAGUAUGAAACGUUUGUCUCUCUCUUCAUGUGGUCCUUCUGUAGCUCAGUUGGUAGAGCAUGGCGCUUGUAACGCCAGGGUAGUGGGUUCGAUUCCCGGGACCACCCAUACGUAGAAUGUAUGCACACAUGACUGUAAGUCGCUUUGGAUAAAAGCGUCUGCUAAAUGGCAUAUAUUAUUAUAUUAUGUGGUUAUAACUGUGAGUGUAUGUGAAGACAAAUCUGAGGAAAACUAGUAUGUUUGACUUAGUUUUAUCUCAUUUUUCACAAUCAGGGUUGCUCCCUUUCCCCUCUCUCAUCUGUUCCAUUUGUCUGUACUCUGUAACAUCUACAUGUUUUCUACUGGUAAAGAGAAGAAACAUUGUACUAUAUUGUACUAUAUUGUAUUAUUUUUUAAAGAGAAGGAAACUUAACCUCACUGAAAUGUCUUAAGAAAAAUACAGUUUCGAAGAGUGAUUAUGAAGAUCUUGGAAUUCACAAAAAGACACAAGAACUUGAUUGUUUCUGGUCCAAUAUUGGAAAAAAAUAUAAGAAAAAAAACAAUUAAAAAUUUAAUAUUGUU